CUUAUCUAUGGAAUAAAGUUAUGCUGUCAUAAACAGCUGAUCAAUGGCAUAACGGAAAUGUUAAUAAUUCUGUACAUAUUUAUGUUUUAAUUUUAACUCUUAAUAUAAUUUUAAGAGUUCGCUAUCGUUAUUUAAUAUUAAAUUUAAAAAUAAAUUUCAUUAUGUCAAAUAAAAAUGCUAAAGUGGAAAUAGAAUUUUGUAAAGUUUGUGACUAUGGGGGACAUUGCUUAGCUCUAGCAAAACAAAUAAAAAAUAGCAAUCCUGGUGCAGAAGUUAUUUGUAAGAAAGGUCGACAAGGUAAAAUAUAUAGUUCAUUUGAAGUAGUAAUAAAUAAUAAACUGAUAUAUUCAAAAUUGCAAACGAUGGCUUUACCAGAUUAUGAAGAAGUAGUUGAUGUUGUGACUGAUGUGUGUCAAGGUUCAGAACCAAGGGAAAUAAAAGGACAACAACCUGUUAACUGUGCAAUAUCAUAACAUUUAAUAAAG